CGCAAUAUCAUAACCGUUUUUUACUCCAGACUGUGAUGUUUGGUUAAAUGACUGUACAUACUCAGCAACAGUUUCUCCAGGUUUGAGAGAUGAGUACGUUUAAAAAUCAAAUGUUCUCCCGUCGGGCCGAAUUCAGGAGGACCCUGUCUGAGCCAGCUCACAGCUCUGGGAGCCCAGUCAGUUUAUACAAGUGGCACAGACCUUCCAAGUCCAAAUGGAAAGUGUACAAACGAACCAACUCGGAGCCUGCCAGGCCUAUGGGGUCCUACAAGUGGCAUUCCCCCUCCAGGCUUUCAUGGAAAGUUAGUAAAAAAGUUUUGUCUGAAGAGCAGAAUGUGGCUUCAACUGAGCAGGAAGAGUCAGGUGCUGCCAUGUAUCACCAACAUUCGGAGAACCUCCUGGAAGAGCAUCCCAGCGAAGCCGUGGCUAAACCGGCACCGAUACCGUACAACCGAUCGAUCUCUGAACCAGGCUGCUCUUCGCAGGUCGAGAAACGAGCUCUGAGACAAGUGCACUCGGACGCAGAACAGAGAACGGAUUUCAUACGUGGCUUCUUUGCGAAUGUUUCGAGACGGCUUUCAAGGAUCCUGAGCCACAAAGAAGAGCCAAGUGCAGAGCUAGCGGAAGCAGAUGUGAAAGGUCCCCCUACACACAGACUGUCCUGUGGUCAGUCCCCAUACACAGAAACAUCCUGGGAACACAAAUACUGCCUACUGACUGACAGCCAGAUGAUCCUUCUGAACAGGGAAGAUGAGAUGAAUACAGACUUGUUGCAGGAGCAGCAAGUGGACUCAUCAAAAGGUCGGAUGCUGAGGCGCACAGUGAGUGUCCCCUCAGAGGGCCAAUUCCCAGACUAUCAACACGAUGCAAGCACAAAGCUGGAACCCCCUGGGGAGAGGUCACCGCGGAGGAGGAGCAUAUCCGGCCCAGGAACAGCCGACAAAACGAAUGGAAUGGAGGAUUCCACGUCGCCGUUUAAGGGCUUUUUCAGCAAACGGCUAAAGGGCUCCAUCAAACGCACAAAGAGCCAGCCGAAGCUAGACCGCAACACCAGCUUCCGCCAGAUCCUGCCAUCCCUCAGGAACACCGAGAAUGAACGAACCCGUGCUUUACCAAAGUUGAAAGAAUCGCGGUCACAUGAGUCCCUGCUGAGUCCUGGCAGUGCAGUGGAGGCCUUGGAAUUGGCCAUGGACCAAAAUGUCUUUGUCAAGCCCUUGCACAGCAGCAUCCUGGGGCAAGACUUCUGCUUUGAGGUUACGUACUCGGGAGGAAGUAAGUGCUUCAGCUGUUCCUCAGUGGCCGAGAGGGACAAGUGGAUGGAAAACCUUCGGAGAACAGUGCAGCCAAAUAAGGACAAUUGUCACCGAGCAGAAAACGUGCUCCGUCUCUGGAUUAUCGAAGCAAAAGACCUCGCCCCUAAAAAGAAGUACUUUUGUGAACUCUGCCUAGACGACACACUGUACGCAAGAACUACCAGUAAAAUAAAAGCCGACAAUUUGUUCUGGGGCGAGCACUUUGAGUUUUUCACUCUGCCGCUGGUGAGGAACAUCACGGUGCACAUUUACAAGGACGUAGACAAGAAGAAAAAGAAAGACAAGAACAAUUAUGUGGGGCUGGUUAACAUUCCCAUCGCCAGUGUCACCGGGCGGCAGUUUGUGGAGAAAUGGUACCCGGUCAGUACACCAAACGCCAGCAAAGGGAAAGGCGGAGGUCCGUCCAUCCGCAUCAAAUGUCGCUACCAGACCAUCUCCAUCCUUCCCAUGGAGCAGUACAAGGAGUUUGCCGAGUUUGUCACCAACAAUUACACUAUGCUGUGCUCUGUGCUGGAGCCAGUCAUCAGUGUGAAGAACAAGGAGGAGAUGGCAUGUGCACUUGUUCACAUUCUGCAAAGUACUGGCCGAGCCAAGGAUUUCCUGACUGAUCUGUUGAUGUCCGAGGUGGAUCGAUGCGGGGAACACGAUGUUCUCCUCUUCAGGGAAAACACCUUAGCAACAAAAGCCAUAGAGGAAUACUUAAAACUGGUUGGUCAGAAGUAUCUCCACGAUGCCUUAGGAGAGUUCAUAAAGGCACUUUAUGAAUCAGACGAGAAUUGUGAGGUGGACCCCAGCAAAUGUUUGUCGGCCGAACUGCCGGAACAUCAGUGUAACCUGAAGAUGUGCUGUGAGCUGGCGUUCUGCAAGAUCAUCAACUCUUACUGUGUGUUUCCACGGGAACUGAAGGAAGUCUUCGCAUCCUGGAAGCAGCAGUGUCUAAACCGCGGGAAGCACGACAUCAGCGAGCGGCUGAUCAGCGCCUCGCUCUUCCUGCGCUUCCUGUGUCCAGCGAUCAUGUCCCCCAGCCUCUUUGGCCUGAUGCAGGAGUACCCGGACGAUCGGACAUCUCGCACCCUCACCCUUAUCGCCAAGGUCAUCCAGAACCUCGCCAAUUUCACCAAGUUUGGGAACAAGGAAGAGUACAUGGCAUUCAUGAAUGAUUUCCUGGAGCAUGAGUGGAGCGGCAUGAAGCGCUUUCUGGUGGAAAUCUCCAAUCCAGACACCAUUUCCAACACGCCAGGGUUUGAGGGCUAUAUUGACUUGGGCCGUGAGCUCUCAGUUCUUCAUUCACUGCUCUGGGAGGUGGUGGCUCAACUUGACAAGGGUGAAAAUUCAUUCCUACAGGCCACAGUGGCAAAGUUGGUGCCUCUGCCCCGCAUUCUGGGAGACAUCACCCGCUCCCUCACCAGCCCCAUGCCCAUCAAGCAGCAAAUCCGGCGUUUCGAGGAGCAAGUCAGCUCCAACCCCAAUGUCAGUGGCAGUGUCUACUCGGGACUGCAGAGGAUAUUCGAGGACCCCAGCGAUGGGGACGUUCAUAAAUUGCGGCCUCCAACCCAGGAGAACAUUGAAGCGUUCUUCCACAGUAAGCAGCACUUUGCAACCCAGCAGGCGUCUACCCAGAGCAUGACCUACUCCGACAGGGAGGAAGAGGAGAGCAGCCUUCCCAACGGCAGGAGUGUCUCGCUGGUCGACCUGCAGACCACGAGCGUCGCUCAGGGGACGACGGGCAGUGUGCCCGCCCUGCGCUGCGAGCGCGGCAGCCACGCCUCGAUCUCCCACGUGGCCAAGCGGCAGCUGCGGGAGCAGAGCGGGGCCCAGAGCGCACCUCAGAUCCGCAGGCCUCUGCACCCAGCCCUGAGCCAGCAGAGCAGCCUGCAGCCCCUCUCCUUCCAGAACCCCGUCUACCAGCUCAACAACCCACUGGCCGGCAGCACCAAGGUCCUGGACUCCAGCUCAGAGAACCUGAGCUCCACCAGCUCCCGCAGCUGCAGUAACAGUGAGGAGCUGGUCAGCAAGUUGAGCGGCCCCAGUAACAGCAGCAUGGAGGACUGUGCCAAGCGCAGUGUCUACAGUGAGGACUACGCCAAGCGGCACACCGUGCCCGACAGGAGCAACCUUCCUGUGGCCCUGCCUCGGCAGAAUAGCAUCGGGCCCUCACAGCAGCGCCGGGCAGAGCCGGCUGGCCCUGGGGCCCGGGGGAAGACCCCGCCGUCGCUGCCGCUCAGCACUGCCCACAGGAGCACCAGCGGCAACACCAACACCGUGCCGGGACCAAUGUCAGCCUCGCCUGAGCCACCUCCACCGCCCGCUAGCGAGAGCCGGUCACGGCAAACCUCCACCUCAUCCAAAGGGGAGAGUCCAGUGCCGAAGGCGCGGGCUGUUCCCAGGCCGCAGCAGUCACAGCAGGUCCAGUCACCAGUGGAGACAGCAACCAUGUCACCAGUGGAGAGAACAGCGGCUUGGGUUCUAAACAACGGACAGUACGUGGAGGAGGAGGAGGCUGAGCAGAAUCCAGAAGAGACUAAACAUGCAGAGAAGUAUGAGCAGGAGAUCACAAAGCUGAAGGAUCGACUCAAGGUCUCGAGCCGCCGUCUGGAGGAGUACGAGCGGCGGCUGCUGGCCCAAGAGCAGCAGAUGCAGAAGCUGUUGCUGGACUACAAGUCUCGCCUGGAGGAGAGCGAGGAGCGUCUGAGGAGACAGCAGGAGGAGAAGGACAGUCAGAUGAAGACCAUCAUCAGCAGACUGAUGGCAGUGGAGGAGGAGCUAAAGAAAGACCACGCAGACAUGCAGGCAGUCAUUGAUGCCAAGCAGAAGAUUAUCGAAGCCCAGGUCAAUAAUGAGGAUGGGAUGAGCAGAACAGGAGAAAAGGAUCAUCUCCUUGGACUCUGCCAACUCUCGGCUGAUGAAUGCUCUGACUCAAGUCAAGGAACGUUACAACAUGCAGACUCGGAACGGGAUCUCGCCCACCAACCCGACCAAACUAUCAAUAACGGAAAACGGGGAGUUCAAGAACAGUAGCUGUUGAAAACGACUCCUGACCACACAUGGAUGGACUGAGCUUUCUGAGCUGGCUCUGAGGGGGGGGUCAGUUCACAGUUGCUGCUAGGACUUCCUUUCAGGCUUCGGCUGAUGAGAGGACUGUUCACGGGAGGACGCCCGAUCAUACCAUCGUGCGCUCUGCAAAUUCCCUUCCUCCGGUCCGGAGAAGUGUAUCAAACCUGUACAGAAAUGAACUGUAAGAUUAUAUUGGGGGUAAAUAAUUACAUGUAGAAUUUAAAAGUUUUUUUUUAAAAAAAGAAAUAUUUCUGUUAGAAUUCCUCCUCGGGAAGACGUUGCAAAAACAUUAGAGAGUGGAACAAUUAUUUUACAAAAAAAAGGACAUUUUCAAGUGUUGUGUAAUUUAGAUUUGAAAUUCUUUAGCUGGAAGGUGUACAUAUAUUAUUAAGAAGCGCAUAGACCAUUGAUAGUCUGUGUAAAUGGUAAGAGUAUUUUAAGAGACUGUGACUGUUGCUUUGAAGGUCUUCAAGGUUGGUAAUUUUAGGGUUAAAAAAACGCACGCCCAAAGAUUUUACAACAAGGUUUUAUCUGGCUGAGAUAUGUUACAGGAACUAAAGACUAUAUAAAAAAAUAUUACCAAUGUUUUGGUAAAUAAUGUUUUUUUUAAAUGAAGCUAUACUAGGUUGGGAAUGUUAUUCAGUGCCCACAAUGUUUUUGUUACACCAGUGAUUUCAGGCAUUGGAGUCCUGUAGCAUUUUGGUUAGAGCACGCGCCUCACAAGCAAGA